AUGUUAGAAAAAAAGUUUGCUGACAUUGACAAGAAAUUUGAGAAUGUUUUAAACAAGAACAAGAGGAAGUUGGAAAAUGCUCAGAUAAAGCCUAUACAUGACAAGUUCUUAUUUGCUCAGAAUGGUAUAACAGGUCUAAUUGCACCACCUGGGUCGGGUAAGACUUUCACUUAUCUUAAAAUGGCUGCACAACAACAAGAACUAGAUGAGAAGAACCCAUUCUAUGAGUUAGUUGUUAUUUGUAGUACUUCUGGUCAAUUUGACCAAACCGUCAAUUCGUUCAAAGAUAUUAUAAAGAAGUCUAAGUUAGUAUGUAUAAAGGAUACUGAGUUGUUAGAUUGGAUAAAGAAGUACCAAAGAAGAGUUUUGAAGUAUAAUGCUAUAAAUGAGUAUAUAAAUUCUAAGUUUAAAGACCCAAAUGAGGAAAUGCAGAGAAUAUUAGAGAAGAAACACUUCAGAAACAAACAGAAAGAGAUAGAAUACAUUUCGAAGAAAUUGCAAUCGUACGAUUGGAAGACUUACCCUCAUAGAU